CUCCAUUCUCUUUCACUUUCCUCCGGUCCUUUUCCUCUGAAAUCAAACAACGCGGCGAAAUUAGCUUGAAGGCAUGGCGAUUUGAGGAAACCGUCUCAUCUCGACGUGCCUGCCGUUAACACGCGGAUCGGUUAUUAAACAUUCCCUCGAUUCCCGUAUCCUCGUCUCGUCAUGCCCACUACCACAUAGACGCAGCCUCGAACGUAUAUCUGAACUAGUGGAAACAUUCGAGGCACCGCCUACUACAUGAUAUAAGAGUCAUGGAACUAGAGAAAUGCACCUGGUAUCCCAACACAGAUCGAACCUACCCUGCUACGCGAGCCUGCUCUACGAUAAAGACCUGAGCCGAGUAACCUGCCACGUUUGACAGAACGGCAACUCGUUUAAUCACCAAUUUCGACUUUAUCGUAACCAAACGACAUCCUAAUCCAUCAUGGUGGCUCAAUCGUCAGGUGCUCGAUUUCAGAAUCUUCCAUCUGAACUCGUGGAGGACAUCGGACGAUACCUCCUAGAACCGGUCUCUAAUGUGAAACCGGAUAUAUCGCAACACUUUAUUUUUAAACGGACCCAGCCUAUGACCAAGUCGCCAGUACGGUAUACUAAGCAAAGCGUCAAAGAGUUUGUUUCCUAUCGGGCGGCAUGCCAGGAUUUCCGGGACUCAACUUCACGUCUCUUCAGCUAUAUUGUCGAUGAUACCGAGUACGCUGUGGACCAGAAGAGCUUGAAGGGCCUUCUCUACGCAUCGAGCCACGAUGGUCUCCGUUCCGGAGUUCGGACGGUCAAUAUCCGGAUCGAUUAUCAAGAGGUUCUAGAUUCUUUCACUCCGGAGGAGCUGAAAAGAUACCAGCAGUACAACAACCCAGCUAAGAAAUCGCGGAUGACGCUGCAAUCGAGUGCCCUCUCUCGAUCCACGGUGCUCUCCCAAGCAUUAGCGGCGUUUCCGGAUCUCGAGUCACUCAGACUGUCCAUUACAGCCGCGGGCAUAAACAUGCAAGGCAAACUAACUCCUGAAAGGGAGAGCGUGUUACUCCUGCUUGGGAUUGUAUGCAGCGUCAUCCGCGAUGCGGUCUUGAGCAGCAAGCGCCCAUGCAUCGCGGAGUCGAUCGACGUGGCGAUCCAAGAACUCCAUCGCGGGAUCAGCGAGACCGAAGUCGAGACGGUCCUCCAAUAUUUCCCCCUCUCCAAAAAGCCCAACCACCCCUCCAAUGUGCGGGCUACCUCCCACCUCCCCUCCCCCAACUGCACCGUCGAGACGUUCAACAACGCCUGGGGCAUCGUCCACGCGCUCGUCCACAACUAUCCGCACAUAGGUACCCUCAGCCUCGAUCUGGACCUGUUCAACAACCCCAACUCCAAGCUCGUCAGCACCGCCGGCCACCGUCGCUACCUCGGCUUCGAAGGUCUGCUGAAGCACAUGGAGUACUGGCGGCUCUUCCCGAACAUCCGCACGCUGCAUCUCGGCGGCAUCCAAGCCGGCGCGCUGGAUCUCCGGCGGUUCCUGGAGCGCGUGCGCCACGGAGUGACGUCGCUCACCAUCUCCCAUUCGCGUCUGAUCGCGGGGGGUUGGAAGUUCCUGUUCGGGUACUUGAGUCAGUGGCAGCUGAAGGAGCUGCAUCUCCUUGGCCCGGAGAUCAUCGGGGAGUACGGGAUUCGAUCGUUGCCGGUGCGGCUGUUCGUGGAUGGACGGUGGCGGAACGAGGUGCAUUUUUUGGGGCCGCUGGUGUCGGAGCAAUGUCUCGCAGUGAAGGUGCUCUAUCCUCCAAAAGACGGGCAUUGGAUCGAGGAUGCGGAUGAUGGGAGUGGCGGCGUAGAUGACGAUGAGAAUCAUGACGAGGACGAGGAUGAAGAUGAGGACGAAUAUGACAGCGGAGAAGAUGAGCACAUUGUAGUAUGAGGACAGUCGGUGAAGCAACUUGGCGGGACCCGUCCCAGCAAGCCAUUCCAUUGCGGGACACGUUUGUCUCUAGCUUGUGGAGCGAGACUGACAAUCCUCUAACACAAUCUAUGUCAUUAUCAAAACCGUGAGGGUUCAUCUCUAAUUAGAUGGUUCGUAUGGCCAACAGGCACAUAACUACUAUUUUCAAGCGACCAAACCCCAGACACCUAUCAUAGUCCACAUCGUGAUCCCAC